AGCGUCUCUUCCUGCCGGACUUCGGUUCAUGGCGGCGGACACAGAGAGUUGGACGCUCCGCGACUCUGAGAAGAUCUGACCCGAGGCCAGAACCGAGCUCCGCCGCCGCCCGCCCCCCUGACUCUUGCUGCGCCAACUUUCUGAGGAACUUUUCUCAAACUUGGUCUUGGUCCCAAACUUUCCCCGCUCGAGGUUGGAGGGACCGACACGAUGCGAAGUUUGAUCCGGGCUCUGGUCGCCUGGAGUUGGGUGGUCGCGGUGGUCCGCGCCGCCAUGGACGAGUGCGUGGACGAUGUAGGGGCGCCACAGCGCUGCAUGCCGGAGUUCGUCAACGCGGCUUUCAACGUCACGGUGGUGGCGACCAACACCUGCGGGUCCCCACCGGAGGAGUACUGCGUCCAGACCGGAGCCACCGGCGUCACCAAGUCCUGCCACAUCUGCGACGCCCGGGACUCUCGGAACCACCACAGCGCCGUCUACCUGACCGACUACAACAACCAGCAAGAAACCACCUGGUGGCAGAGCCAGACCAUGUUGGCGGGGAUCCAGUACCCGAACUCCAUCAACCUCACCCUGCACCUUGGAAAGGCCUUUGACAUCACCUACGUCCGGCUGAAGUUCCACACCAGUCGUCCAGAGAGUUUCGCCAUCUACAAGCGUAGCCGCGAGGACGGGCCCUGGACCCCGUACCAGUACUACAGUGGUUCCUGCGAGAAGACGUACCAGAAGAGGAACCGCGGCUUCAUCCGGACUGGCCAGGACGAGCAGCAGGCGCUCUGCACUGACGACUUCAGCGACAUCUCGCCGCUCACCGGAGGAAACGUGGCCUUCUCCACCCUAGAGGGUCGACCCAGUGCCUACAACUUCGACCACAGCCCAGUGCUUCAGGACUGGGUGACUGCCACCGACAUCCGGGUGACCCUGAACCGGCUCAACACUUUUGGAGAUGAAGUUUUUAAUGACCCCAAAGUUUUGAAGUCGUACUACUACGCCAUCUCUGACUUCGCUGUGGGAGGAAGGUGUAAGUGCAACGGCCACGCCAGCGAGUGCGUGAAGAACGGCGGCGUGCGCCUGGUGUGCAACUGCAAACACAACACUGCCGGCGACGACUGCGAGGUGUGCAAGCCGUUCUACAACGACCGCCCAUGGAGACGCGCCACGGCGGACAACGCCAACGAAUGUCUGCCCUGCGACUGCAACGGGAAAAGUGGCGAGUGUUACUUUGAUGCCGAGCUCUACCGCGCCACCGGUCAUGGCGGUCACUGUCUGAACUGCGCCGACAACACGGACGGACCCAACUGCGAGCGUUGCCUUGACAACUACUACAGGGACGCCAGCGGGGGGCGCUGCCUGAGCUGCGGCUGCAACUCUGUCGGGUCUCAGUCUCCCCAGUGUGACAACAGGGGCGUGUGUGCUUGUAAGCCGGGCGUGACGGGAGAAAAGUGCGACCGCUGCCAGCCAGGAUUCCACAGUCUCACCGAGGCCGGCUGCAGGCCGUGUUCCUGCUCACCGUCCGGCAGCACUCAGGAGUGUGAUGUAGCCACUGGUCAGUGCCGCUGCAAGGAGCAUGUGGAGGGGUUCAGCUGUGACAGGUGCAAACUGGGCUACUUCAACUUGGACCCCAACAAUCCAGCCGGCUGCACGCCGUGUUUCUGCUUCCAGCACUCGUCGGUGUGUGACAGCGCAGACGGCUACAGCGUCCACACCAUCAGCUCGUCCUUUCACUCAGGUCCUGAGCAGUGGACUGGGCAGCAGCGUGACUCCGCCAGUGUGGAGGUCCAGUGGUCCCCCCGCGAUCAGGAGAUCUCACUGAUCUCUGAGGAUUAUUUCCCCAUGUACUUCAUUGCUCCAGAGAAGUUCUUGGGGAACCAGAUGCUGAGUUAUGGACAGAAUCUCAGUCUCAGCUUUCGGGUGGACCGGCGCGACACGCGUCUGUCUGCGGAGGACUUGGUUCUGGAAGGGUCUGGUCUGAGGGUGGCCGUCCCACUGAUCGCUCAAGGAAACGCCUACCCCGGCGAGAGCAUGCAGACCUUUGUGUUUAGACUUCACGACAGCACCGACUAUCCGUGGAGGCCAACUGUUAGCCACUCUGACUUCCAGAAGCUUCUCUACAAUCUGACAGCUGUGAAGAUCCGCGGGACUUACAGCGAGAGGAGUGCUGGUUACCUGGACGACGUCACACUGGUGACGGCGAGACGAGGCCCUGGAGUCCCAGCCCGGUGGGUGGAGCAGUGCACAUGUCCGCUGGGAUACCAGGGGCAGCACUGUGAGCAGUGCACCCUGGGAUAUCGUCGUGCUCGUCCAGAACUCGGCGCCUUCAGUGCUUGCGAGGCCUGCAACUGUAACGGGCACAGUGAAGCCUGCGACCCAGACUCAGGAGCGUGCAGCUGCCAGCACGACACGGCUGGUCUCAGCUGCGAGCGCUGCAAGGACGGCUUCUACGGUGACGCCACCCAGGGCACGCCCAGCGAUUGUCAGCCAUGUCCCUGUCCGUCUGGAGCCACCUGUGCUGUUGUUCCCAAAACCAGCGAAGUGGUGUGCACCAACUGUCCCGCCGGCACCACAGGGAAACGCUGCGAGCUUUGUGAUGACGGUUUCUUCGGCGAUCCUCUGGGUCAGAGCGGUCCGGUCCGAGCCUGCCGCGCCUGUAAGUGCAGCGAUAACAUCGACCCGAACGCAGUCGGUAACUGUGACCGGGUGACUGGCGAGUGCCUGAAGUGCAUCUACAACACCGACGGCUUCUUUUGCGACCGCUGCCGCGACGGUUUCUAUGGCAACGCUCUCGCCACCAACCCAGCAGACAAGUGCAAGUCCUGCUCCUGUUCCUCGCUGGGCACCGUGGGUCAGCAGAAGUCCUGCUCCCAGGUCACAGGUCAGUGUCCGUGUCUCCCCAACGUGUCGGGACGCGACUGUGGAAGCUGCGAGCCCGGAUUCUUCAACCUUCAGAGCGGCACCGGCUGUGAACGCUGUGACUGCAACCCGAUUGGCUCGACGAGCGGCCAGUGCGACAUCUCCUCGGGUCAGUGCGAGUGUCAGCCUGGGGUGGCCGGUCGUCACUGCGAGCGCUGUGAACAGAACUUCUUUGGGUUUGGCUCCUCCGGAUGCAAACCCUGCGACUGUGACCCAGAAGGCUCGCAGUCGGGUCAGUGCCAGGAGGACGGCAGGUGUCAGUGUCGGCCCGGCUUUGUGGGCUCUCGCUGUGACAUGUGUGAGGAGAACUACUUCUACAACCGCACAGUGCCGGGGUGCCAGCAGUGCCCGUCCUGCUACAGUCUAGUCAGGGACAAGGUAAACCAGCAAAGACAGAAGCUCCAGGACCUCCAGACUCUGAUUGACCAGCUGGGUUCGGGUCAGAACACCAUCAGUGACCAGGCGUUUGAGGACCGUCUGAAAGAGGCGGAGCGCGCCGUCAUGGAACUGCUGGAAGAAGCACAAGCUAGCAAGGACAUGGACCGCGGUCUCUUGGACCGGCUGAACAACAUCAACAGCACCCUGACGACCCAGUGGAACCGGCUCCAGGGCAUCCGCAGCACCGUGGACAACACCAGCACCCAGGCCGACGUCGCACGCAACAGAGUGCGCGACGCAGAAGACUUGAUUGACCGCGCUCGCCAGGAGCUGGACAAGGCCAAGGACGCCAUCGGCAAAGUGGACAUCAAACCUCCGACUCCUGGUGCUGACCCGAACAACAUGACCCUGCUGGCUGAGGAGGCCCGGAACCUGGCCCAGAAACACAAAAUGGACGCCGACCAGAUCGAAAGGAUCGCUAAAGACGCCAACGACACAUCAACUAAGGCGUACAACCUGCUGCUGAAGACACUGGACGGCGAAGGUUCCAUGAACCAGGAGAUUGAGGAGCUCAACAGGAAGUACGGUGAAGCCAAAGAGCUCGCCAAGAGUCUGGAGAAACAGGCUCAGAAGGUCCAGGCAGAGGCAGAAGAUGCCGGGAACCAGGCACUGAAGAUCUUCGCCAACCUGACUAGCUUGCCUUCACUUGACACCAAAACCUUAGAGGACGAUGCGCGGAAGAUCCAGAAGGAGGCAUCAGACCUGGACAAGCUGAUCGACAAGACAGAGAAGGAGUACGAUGAGCUGCGGGAGGACCUCCGGCCCAAAGAGCUGGAGGUGCGCCAGCUGCUGGAGAAAGGACAAAGCGAGCAACAGACUGCAGACCAGCUGCUGGCACGAGCCGAUGCCGCGAAAGCCCUGGCAGAGGAGGCAGCGAAGAAAGGACAGUCAACGUUCAGAGAAGCAGAGGAAAUCCUGGAAGAUCUGAGGGACUUCGACCGGCGAGUCAACGACAACAAGACAGCAGCUGAGGACGCUCUGAAGAAGAUCCCUGCCAUUAAUGCAACCAUCCUGGCUGCCAAUGAGAAGACGCGGCAGGCGGAGUCUGCGCUGGGAAACGCCGCCUCGGACGCCAGGGAGGCCAAGAAGAAGGCAGAAGAGGCAGAGCGCAUUGCUAGUGCCGUGCAGAAGGGUUCAGAAAAGACCAAACAGGACGCAGAUAUGGCCCUGCAAGACGCCCGCCGUCUGGACAACCAGGUCACCGACAUGAUGGACCAGCUGAGCGAGGCCGAGAACCAGCUGACCCGUCAGAAGAACCAGGCAGACCAGGACAUGAUGAUGGCCGCCAUGGCUUCAGAGAAUGCAAAGGAGGCGGAAGACAACGCCCGCAAGGCCAAGGGUGCGGUCAAGACCGUUCUGAGCACCAUCGCCGCCCUGCUGGAGCAGCUAGGAAACAUCGACAAAGUGGACCUGAGCAAACUCAACAUGAUCGAAGACUCUUUGAAGCAGGCCAAAAACAAGAUGGCCAACAGCGACCUGGAGCGCAAGCUAGAGGAGUUGAGUGACGUGGCGCGGACGCAGGAGGAGAUGAUCAAUGAUUACGACCGGCAGAUCCGUGAGAUCCGCUCCGACAUCGCGAACCUCAACGACAUCAAAAACACGCUACCCGAAGGCUGCUUCAACACGCCGUCCCUGGAGAGGCCUUAGCCCCGCCCCGUUCGUGGCUGCCCAUUCAGGUUUCUCCAUUUCACGACUGUGGUUUAGAAAUGAACUUUUGAAGCCAAACAGAACCACAAACCCGACAAGACUGCAGCAGCAGGAAGUCCCGCCGGCUGCCUCUGUGUUUUAACCCUGAACGUAAUCCUCACCGCUGCCUCUCCCACCACCUUGGCCACUGAAGGAACUGCCCUCCUCCUGUUUCCAUCACUCCUCAACAACUCAGUCUCCUUGUGUGUUCAGCUGCCUGAUGAGAAACAGUCCAGACCCACACUCGGCCACAGGGGGGCGCCAUUGUCCUCGACUGGCCGCGGUCACGCCACUAACGACCUUAUACCUCGUGUCCUGUUGACAUUUCACACUCCUUCUCAUCCUCCUUCCCUCCCCUCCUCUGCUCCCAUCCCCACCCCCCCACCCACUGUCUCAACCCAACACUAUGCAACUUUGUACAUUUCUCUGAUACACUGGUGCUAAUUAUUAUUUGGUGUUUUUGUGUGAAUGUUUUUUAUUUGUGGAUUAUUUGUGUUAGAAAUUCGCGCGCCGACUCACCUCCACGUCAAACUGGAGUCGUCGCCCCUCCCAGCCCCCAGUGUUCUUUGAUUUUUGCCUCAUUUCAAUCUAACGAGUAUUGGUGUGUCGUUGAUCACAUGACUGAAGUUAUCCUCAGCGGCGAGCUCACGCAGUAGUUAACCUUUUUAACGAGUGUUUGUGCCUUAAUACAAAAUUUAUAAUCUCGACGUCACUCCUCAAACUUCUCCACGGACGUUUCGGGGGGGGGGGGGAACAACCCUUCUGACCCCGGUUGUCACGGCACCAUGGAUCGGUGGUCUGACUCGGGACAAUGUGCUUCAUCACCGGCUCCUCCAGAGUGGGAGAGCCUGUAACUUCUGCUCCUCCGCCGGGAGGACUUGAGGCUUGACCUUUGACCUCGUCUGUCUCCUCUGUUAAUCCAAACAUUUGAAUAAUAAACUUUACUACAUAUGUGUGUGU